AUGGCAGUGGCUCUAACCGCCAGCAUAGCGUUAUUAUUUACUGUGGGAAAAGCAGCGAUGAAUAAACCAGAAAAUUCAGCUGUGGCUACCUCAGCAAUGCCAACUGUGGCUACUUCAACAACGCCAACUGUGGCUACUUCAACAACGCCAUCGAUUCUACUUGAACCAUGUAAAUGUGGUUGUCCAGCAAUUUCUCCAAAUUUUACGAGAAUUGUUAAUGGUGAAAAUGCCGUGCCUAAUAGUUAUCCCUGGCAACUUUUACUUGCUAUAUUUAAUGGAACUGGAACACCUCUAUCGUAUUGUGGUGCGAGUUUAAUAUCGAGUCAACAUGUUUUAACUGCUGCUCAUUGUGUAUUUGGUAAAUCCCCGCGUUAUGUGUUUGUGUUUCCUGGUUUACACAAUUUUACAAACACGGUAUUGAACGUUAAUGCAGGAUUUCAAGCUAGAAUCAUUUAUGUUCACGAAUCUUAUGAUGAUGUGACGCUAAACGAUGAUAUUGCUCUUAUUCGAUUGGUUAAUCCAGUUGAAGUUAAUGAUAGAACGAUUAGUCUCGCAUGCAUGAUUGGUCCGAAUGACACUCCGUUGCAAGAAGAUGAUGAAGUUGUUGCUACUGGUUGGGGAGCGCUUAGUGGUUCAGCUAAUAGAACACGACCACUCUCUUUGCAACAAGUGAAAUUACGUUAUGUUCCUCAGACAAAUUCACUUUGUUCACUGCUUGUUGGUACACGUCCUGGACAAAUGUGUGCCGGUUUUCCACCAAAAGGUGUGUGUUUUGGCGAUAGUGGUGGACCAUUAGUUCGAAAUAUUGUACACUCCAAUGGCCAAUCAUUUUGGCAGAUCGUCGGUGUCAUGUCUGGAACUGUUGAUUGCGGACUUGCAACGUUUUUUCCUGAUAUAUUUGUUAAUGUGAGAUACUAUUCGGAAUGGAUACAAGACAAAAUAAGACAGUCAUCUUAA